AUGUUGUCCUUCAUACUAAUACAGAACCGCCAGGGCAAGACGCGGCUGGCGAAGUGGUACGUGCCGUACAGCGACGAGGAGAAGAUCCGGCUGAAGGGGGAGGUGCACCGGCUGGUGGCGCCGCGGGACCAGAAGUACCAGUCGAACUUUGUGGAGUUCCGGUCGUACAAGAUCGUGUACCGGCGGUACGCGGGCCUGUUCUUCUGCGCCUGCGUCGACACCAACGACAACGAGCUCGCCUACCUCGAGGCGAUCCACUUCUUCGUCGAGGUCCUCGACGCCUUCUUCGGCAACGUCUGCGAGCUCGACCUCGUCUUCAACUUCUACAAGGUCUACGCCAUCCUCGACGAGGUCUUCCUCGCCGGCGAGAUCGAGGAGACCUCCAAGCAGGUCGUCCUCACCCGCCUCGAGCACCUCGACAAGCUCGAGUGA